UGGUCUGCACGAGUUAGGUAGCGUAUAUAUAUCGGAAAACGUACUACACAUUAUUAUUGUUGUACGCCCUCGACGUGGUUGUGUUUACAUUGUAUUAAAUGUUAAUUACAAAAGUUGUUGGCUGUCAUCGAGUUGAGUGAUGUCGCGCGGAUCGUGUUCGCUACUACUCCCUCGAUUCGCCUUUAAUAAUCGUUCAAGCUGUCAGUGAUUCCCGAAAAUGCAUAAUAUGUGAUAAUCAGCAGUAAAAAAAAGGAGGCAUCGUCGAUUAGUAGAUUAAUAGAUGCGAAAUCUGCUUUUCAACAAUAUGUAGUCGAAUCAUUUAUAUUUGACAUAAACCAAGGUUGUUAUUAGUCAUUAAGGCAUAUACUAUUAUGUUGUAUGAAAUUCCAUUGCAUUAUUAAUAAGAACUACAAAGUAGCAUAAUGGCCAAAAAAGAAAGUUCUUCUUUGACAAGGGAGGACUUUGAGGCUGGUCCUACAAGUUGUGAUGAAAUAGAGCCAAAUUUAUUCUUAGGUAAUUUGACAGCUGCUACUGACAUAGAGUGGCUGAAGAAAACAAAAAUAACGCACAUUCUCACUGUGGAUUCAUGUCCAUUGCCAAGGAAAAUUCAAGAUGCAUUACCAGAUAUCAAGCUCAAAUUCAUGCAAAUGGCAGACAUGCCAAGGGAAGAUCUUCUUACUUCGUUUAAUGAUUCCAAUCAAUUUAUAGAGAGUGCUUUAGAGUCUGGUGGUAAAAUAUUGGUGCAUUGUUACUUUGGUGUAUCUCGUUCAGCCACUAUUGUCAUUGCCUUCAUUAUGAAAAAGUACAAUUUACCAUUUGAUAAUGCUUUUGAGACUGUUAAAAAAAAGAGACGCUUUGUCGGUCCAAAUCCUGGCUUCAUUGCUCAACUUCAGCUUUACGAAGAAAUGGGCUUUACAAUUGAUUGUACAAAUAUUCAGUUUAAAAUGUACAGGCUGCAGAUAGCAGCUGACAAGGUAAGAAAAGCUAGAAUCUUGCCACAAAGCUACAUUGAUCUUAUCAAACCAGAUCCUGCUUUAAACAAAACGCACCCAGAGCCUACUGUAUAUCGCUGUAAAAAGUGCCGUAGAGUUGUUGCUAAUGCCAGUAAUGUAUUACAUCAUAAGCCAAAAGAGAAGCAAGUUUGGCGUCACAUUAGUAAAAAGUAUGAUAAAACAGAAAAACCAGAAAAAACUGAGAAGAAAGUAGAGGAAACUCCAAAAAAAGAAGAUGAAGUUGAUAAAUCACAACCUUGCAAUCAAACAUAUUUUGUUGAACCAUUGGCAUGGAUGCCUGAUAUUUUACACAAAGUUGAUGGUAAAUUAAAUUGCCCAAAGUGUUCAUCAAAACUUGGCUCUUUCAGUUGGAUAUCAGGGUCUCAAUGUCCAUGUGGCAGCAAAAUUGCCCCAGCAUUUUAUCUUAUCCCAUCAAAAGUAGAUUGGAGCAAUGUUGUCCAAAAUGUCCUAUCAACAGUGUAGUUUUGUUAUAUGCACUUUGUUAUCAUUCCAAAUAUCUAGUUUAAGAAAAGUUUCAUUAGAAUAUUAUCAAAAUAUUUAAGCCACUUGUAAAUUACUACUGGACGGACAAACUACAUUCUAAAAUGUUUUGCAUAAAUUUAAGAUGAAAGAAUUUAAAAUGGCACUCGUUAAAAAUUUAAUCAAUUCUCUAAAGUAUUUUGGCAAAAAAAAAAGUUGCAAAAUUAUAUUCCAAUAUUACAGGCGCAAGCAGCCUAUGUUUAAACGGAUGAAAAAUGUUAUUACAAAAACUAUCAAACAGAGUAAUCUAAAAGAAAAGUAAUUUUUAAAUCGAGCACGUGUAUAGAACAAUAUGAGACUUUUACCAAGGCGGGUCUAAAUUAAAUUUAAGCAUGAUCCAUUACAAUUAUAGCAAUUAGCUAGCUAGAUUCAAGAAAAAAACUGACUGAAGUAGUAUUAACGCAUAGAAUAUUUCAGUUAUAAAUUUGGAAGAAACGAAAAAAAAAACCACUCGUGAACGUUGCAUAAAACGUAAAGCAACCAUCAUUUCUAAUUCAAUAAAACGUACAAUAUGCUGAUGUGCCAAAUUCGAUGCUGAAAAAAUAAUGAAGGUUUUACAGCCGAAAACAAAGUGAGACAGAAAAAUGACAAGUUCGAAUCAUAAUAUGUAAUAUAAAUAAAAAAAAAAAAAAAUUAUAACGUCUUCGCGACUACGCAGCAGAAAAAAAAACCAGUUUCAAUUAAGGACGAUCGUUGUUGAGAAAGGAAGUUUUUCUAUAUUGUUUUUUUUGUUACAAUACAUCUUUUCACAAAGUACAAUUAUUUUGCUAAUCUAUAUAUUAUAUAUUUCAAGUGAGAAUACUUGCGUUAAGUUAUUAACAAAUGGAUAUAUUAUUAAAAAAUAAAGUGAACCAUUACGAAAUCGUUA